AUGGCGUCUAUCCACAAGCUUUCCAUCCGCGGCAUCAGAAGCUUCAGCCAUGAGCGCGAGCAGGUGAUCGAGUUCUACACGCCCCUGACGAUGAUCGUCGGGGCGAACGGCUGCGGCAAGACGACGAUUAUCGAGUGCCUCAAGUACGCGUGCACGGGCGCGCUUCCCCCCGGUGCGCGCAACGGCCAGUCGUUCGUCCACGAUCCCAAGGUGUCGGGUACGAACGAGGUGAAGGCCAACAUCAAGCUUCGUUUCUCGGCGAGAGACAAAACGGUGGGUGUUGUGAUCCGGUCCUUCCAGCUAACCCAAAAGCGGAAGACCCUCCAGUUCAAGGCGCUAGAUGGCGUCAUCAGGACAAAGAACGAGUCCGGCCAAAGCGUGAGCAUCAACCACAAGUGCACGGAGAUGGACAAGCACAUCCCGCUGCGGUUGGGCGUGUCGAAGGCCAUCCUGGAGAACGUCGUCUUCUGCCACCAGGAGGACGCCAGCUGGCCCCUGCAGGAGGGCGCGGUGGUCAAGAAGAAGUUCGACGACAUCUUCGAGUCUGCCCGCUACACCAAGGCCCUGGACAACAUCAAGAAGACGAAGCAGGAGUACGCCUCCACCGUCAAGGAGCUGAAGGUCGAUCUCGCCGCACUACAAGAGAGGCUGCGCGCGGCCAACGACCUCAAGGAAGAGAUGGACGCUUCUACCGAGACGUACAGCACCCUUCGCCAGGAGAUCGAGGCGAUCGACGCGCGCACCGCGGAGCUGUCCGAGUCGCUCGAGAAGCUUCGCGCCGUGGCGGACGAGGUGCGGAUGCUGGAGGGGCGCAAGCAGUCCCUGUUGCUGGCGUGCCGCGACCUGGACGUGCGCAUGGCCGAGAAGCGAGAGAACAUCGGCGACGGCGAGAUGAGCUCCGAGUCGGACGAGACGCUAAGCAAGAACCUUCAGGAGUUCGACGCCAGGCUCGCUGCUGUCGCGGACGAGAUUCAGUUCUACGCGGACGAGGCGGACCGGUGCAGGGAGAGGGCUGAGGCCGCCAAGAAGAAGAAGGACCGGCUCCAGGGGGAGCAGGGCAGCGUCCAAGCGCAGCUCACCCAACAGGAGCGGGAAGUGGCGGCACGGGACGGCAUGAUGAAGAGCCUCUGCUCGCACUACGACAUCUUCAACCCCGGCGCCCUCUGCCUCCGCCGCCGGUGGCUCGGAAGCCCCAGCAUCUGCUACGCUCUACACCUCGUCCGACGUGGCGAGCUUCGAGGAAUCGCUGCAGGCGACUCUAGACAAGGCUCAGAAGGCCCUCAACGACGUCAUAGCCAAGAACCGAUCAGAGGAGGACACGAUGAAUGA